AUGGUUAAAGGGAUAGCAGUUCUUUUUGAAUAUGAGACACCGAAGUUAGUACAGAUAUCAAAUAUUAAAAUCGGAGUUACACAGAGGCUGCUUCAACUUGUUAUUCUUAUAUAUGUUGUCUGCUGGGUGAUGAUUUAUGAAAAGGGUUAUCAGGAGAAUGAUGUCGCCAAGAGUGCAGUCACUACAAAAGUGAAAGGAAUCGGGUUUACAAAUUUAUCACAAGUUCCAGGUAUUGGAAAACGCAGUUGGGAUGUGGCAGAUUAUAUUAUCCCACCAUUAGAAAACAAUGCCUUAUUUGUGAUAACAAACAUUAUUAAAACUGAACGACAAUCUUUGUCGAAAUGCGCAGAGAGUCCCUGGGUACCUGCAGCAUCGUGUCGUCACGAUACAGACUGUCAACCUUAUUUUAUUACACAUCUUGGAAAUGGAGUGCAAACAGGAAAGUGUAUCAUUGAAUCAGGAAAUGAUAUUGGUUCAUGUGAGAUAUAUUCCUGGUGUCCUCUGGAAAAUGAUACUCUACCACUCGGCAAAGGAUCUUACUUAUUUCCAAUGGUUUAUAAUUAUACCUUGCUCAUUAAAAAUGAUAUAAAUUUUGAAAAAUUUGGUAUACACAGACGAAAUAUUCAAAAUUGGGCAUCAAAAAAUUUCUUCAAUCGUUUUUGUCCAAUUUUUCAAUUUGCUACUAUUUUUGAAGAAGCUAAAGUAGAUGAUUCAAUAUUUAUAAAGGGUGGUGUCAUCGGUAUAGACAUUAAUUGGAAAUGUGAUCUAGAUUGGGAUGUUCAAUACUGUAAUCCAACUUAUUCAUUUCGACGACUGGAUGAUGCACAUGCAAAGAUUGCUUCAGGAUUCAAUUUUCGGUAUGCUCAUUUCUACAGUGAAAAUGGAACCAACUACCGAGAUCUCAUUAAAGCUUAUGGUAUACGAUUUGUUAUUCAUGUGAGCGGUGAGGCUGGCAAAUUUCAUUUCCUUCCACUAACGAUGAAUAUUGGCUCAGGUUUGGCUUUAUUAGGCUUGGCGCCAACAGUCUGUGAUAUAAUUGCACUGAAUUUGUUAAGAUCAAGAGAUAUUUAUCAGAGAGCAAAAUUCGAAACAAUCGCUGAAGAACAAGCUCAAUUAUCCAACCGACGUGCUAGUAAAGCUCAACGUAAAAAACAUGCCUCAGCUAAACUAAUUAAUACAGAGAUGAAUGAAAAUUCAGAUGAAAAUGGUCGAAUUGUUCAAUGGAAAGAUGACCAAAACUUCCUUGAACAAGAUACACAAGCUAUACACUCAUCAUAA